AUGGGCUCGGGGCGAGCGUUCGUGCGGCGAGUGGCACAUCCUGUUGUGCGGAACCAGGCGCGACUUGCCUCGACCGCCCAAGGCCAAGCUAUCAAGAAGUUCAUCAACCAUGGAGACGAUACUCCCGGUCUGUCAUGUAAAGACUACUCAAAAACACUCCACCUUCCUCGACCCCCCAUUCCACCUUACGCCAAGGUGACGGAGAUAGCAGAAGCGUAUAGUGAACGGACGACGGCAGCGUUGUAUAGACAGCAGUGGGAGGAGAGGAAAGACAAGGAAUUUUUCAUAUUGCAUGAUGGGCCACCGUACGCUAAUGGACAUCUCCAUAUUGGACAUGCGGUUAAUAAGAUCCUUAAGGAUAUCAUUAACCGAUUUCAGUUGUUGCAGGGAAAGCGCGUUCACUACUCCGCCGGCUGGGAUUGCCACGGCCUGCCAAUCGAGAACAAAGCGCUCGUUGGUCUAGAUCCCUCUGCAAGUCCGACCAAAAUUCGGCAAGUGUCGCGUCAUUAUGCCUCAGUUUCUGUAAAUAUCCAGCGUCGGGAGUUCGAGCAGAUGAAGAUUUUGGCCGACUUCAGCGAUCCUUGGACGUACAGAACGUACGAUAAGGAGUAUGAGAUCAGGCAGUUAAGGGUGUUUCAGCAGAUGGUCAAGAAGGGCCUGAUUGUCCGCCGCUAUCGCCCUAUUUGGUGGUCCCCGGCCUCAGGCACCGCACUCGCAGAGGGAGAGCUGGUGUACGACGACUCUCACAAGUCGAAGUCGGUGUAUGUUAAAUUUCCUAUCAAGAGGGAGGACAUGUCUCCGGAGCUCCGGAAAGGAUUCGAUAGUACAUUGCUUGAGGAUCUGAAUUUUCUUGUAUGGACCACUACUCCUUGGACGCUCCCAUCAAACAUGGCAGUAGCAAUAAACGAAGAAAUCGAUUACGUGAUCGCGCGUGGUGAGCAUAACAUCAUCAUCGCAGCAGACGCAGUGGAGCCGCUCCCAGACAAAAUGGGUACAAGUCUAGGUUCUGACAUCUUAGGAACAAAAUACCAUCAUUACUACCAGAAGCCUGACGCCCCGCCGAAUCCUGUGUUCUCAGCUCGGUGGGUGAAAGCGGAUUCCGGCACUGGCGUGGUGCAUUGCGCACCCGGACAUGGUGCCGAUGAUUACUUUACGAUGACAUCCGCUGGUUUACUAGAAGAUCACCCUCUCGUUUCACCUGUCGAUGGGAAAGGAGAGUACACGGAAGAUAUCCUCGGCCACGUGCCACAUUCAAGACUCGGUGGUUCUCUCAUCGGCAGAUCCGUACAAGACAAAGGGAACGAAGAGGUGCUCAGGCAGCUCAGAGAAGCGGGGCGCAGUAUCCAUGUCAAACAGAUCAAACAUAAAUAUCCUUAUGAUUGGAAGACGAAAACUCCGGUCAUCACGCGCGCGACGAGUCAAUGGUUUGCGAGCAUCGCUGAUGUGAAAGAAAAGGCGCUGAAAGUGCUUGAGAAUGUAAAGUUUCACCCUGAGGCCGGCCGUGCCCGGCUGGAAUCGUUCAUUCGUGAGCGAUCUGAAUGGUGCAUUUCGCGGCAACGCAAUUGGGGUGUACCCAUCCCAGCUCUCCACGACAUUGCCACGGAUGAAGCCUAUCUCAGUGCGGAGUCACUCGAUCAUAUCAUACCUGUGUUGGAGAAGCAUGGCAUAGAUUAUUGGUGGGAAGGUCCAGUAGAAGAUUUCAUUCCUCCGCACCUUCAAGGCAAGAAUCUGCGCAAAGGCACCGAUACGAUGGACGUUUGGUUCGACAGCGGAUCCAGCUGGUCUCUCCUCGGGAACCUUCACGGAGAGAAGCAAGAAGGUGGGCCGAGGAUUUCCGACGUAUGUUUGGAAGGAAGUGACCAACAUCGAGGCUGGUUCCAGAGCCUGCUGUUGACUAGGAUCAUUGCUGCUGCUGAGGGCGAGGAGACUGCACCUUACAAGACGGUCAUUACGCAUGGGUUCGUUUUGGAUGAACACGGGCGCAAGAUGAGCAAGAGUGACGGAAACGUCAUCAGUCCACUCGCAGUGAUUAAUGGUACCGAGCAGAAAUCGAAGCUUCCGGUAUAUGGAGCAGACGUCUUACGUCUCUGGACAGCAUCUGCCGACUAUACCGACGACAUGGCAAUAGGGCAGAACAUCCUCAAACAAUCGGCUGAAUCAUAUAGAAAGUUGCGGAACAGCGCUCGUUUCAUGUUAGGCGUGUUGGCGAUCCCUAAUAAGGGCCCUGUCGAUCAACUGCAAUCAACGAAGCCUGGGAUGGGUCUAAUCGAGCGCUGGAUCAUGGAUCGCCUAUACCAGACUGAACGAACCUGCCGCGAGGCUUAUGAACGAUAUCAAUUCCACCGCGUGGUACACGCCUUGACGGACUUCUCGACAAUAAGCCUUUCAGCACAGUAUUUCAGUUUCAGGAAAGACGCUAUCUAUUGCGAUGCGCAGGACCAGACUCGUGCAGCGAUUGUCACUGUCAUGAAGAACCUCCUGCAUGUUUAUAAGGGUCUUCUUGCGCCGAUCCUCCCCCUGGUCGCCGAGGAAAUCCAUGAAGCCGAACAGAAAAUCAUCAGAGCAUCGCAAGUUUCAAGGGCGGAGGAGUUGACCCUGGAAAAACGACUGAACAAGGAAUCGGUGUUCAUGCAGCCUUGGCCUGUUGUGGACUCUGCGUGGGAAGAUACCGAAGCACGCGAAACAAUGGAGAUCCUUCUCGCUAUUCGCUCAAGUGUUCUGGGUCUGCUGGAGAAGGCAAGAGCGGGGAAGGGGUUAGGGAGCUCCGAUGAAGCGGUCGUGUACCUCGCCGACGCAUCCUCAGGCGCAGCGCCGCACCAUGUGUUCCAACUGCUGCAGACGCAUGAGCCCCUCCUCAGCACGGUCUUUGGAACUUCGUAUGCCUGGACAACUUCUCAAAUACCUAACAACACUGACCAGAACGCUUGGGAAUUUACGGACAAUAUCGAAAUAAGUCAAUGUCCAUUGACCAUCACAGUCAGGGGAUCGCCCAAAACAAAAUGCCCGAGAUGCUGGAAGUGGACGAAGCCCUCGAAGGACGCGCUAUGUGAACGGUGCACUAAAGCAUUGAUGUAG